UAUCAUGUGACUGGGAAGGGCUGUAACCUUUUUAUCAGUCUGUGGGGCUGUGACUGCAUUGUUGAAGAUAUUCAGCUGAUAUUCAGCUAUCUUCUCUAGAAAGAAUUGUUAAUCUUUGUAUUGUAAUCUGGUUGGGGAGCAGUGGCCUGGAGCAUGUGAGAGCUGUGCACUGCUCCCAGAUGGACGCAGCAUGAGAGAUAGCUGUGGCCUGGCCGUUUGCCAUCGGGACCUGCGCUUACUGCUCCACUCGGACCCGACGGCGCCUCCUGCAUGGCGUCGGGAUAUGCAGCGUGCUUCGAGGGCCAGGGGGAGGUGAAGGAGGGCUUCUUGUGCCCCUUGUGUCUGAAGGACCUGCAAUCCUUCUACCAGCUACAGGAUCAUUACGAGGGGGAGCAUUCUGGCGAGGACCGUGACGUCAAGGGCCAGCUGAAGAGCUUGGUGCAGAAGGCAAAAAAGGCCACAGACAAGCUGCUGAGGCGGGAUGGGGAUGAGCGGGCUGAUGCUGGGGGCGGCGAGUCCUUCUACUGUGGGGGAGUGGACCCCUUCAUGUGGGAGCCUCAGGAGCUGGGAGCGACAAGGAGCCAUCUCGACAACUUCAAGAAGUACAGGGCGGCGAGGAUAGACCACUAUGUCAUUGAGGUCAACAAGCUAGUCAUCAGAUUAGAAAAACUGACUUCAUUUGACCGAACCAGUGCCGACGCUGCCAAAAUUAGAGCUAUCGAGAAGUCGGUGGUUUCCUGGGUGAACGACUCCGACGUGCCACUCUGCCCAGACUGUGGGAACAGGUUCAACAUGCGCAACCGACGGCACCACUGCCGCCUCUGCGGCUCCAUCAUGUGCAAGAGAUGCAUGGAGUUCGUGCCCCUCCCCCUGGCAUACAAGCUGACGAGUGGCACCCGGGAGGCCCUGUGCGUCUCGGGCAGCCCGGGAAAGUCCCAGUCCCCUCCAGCAGGUGGCAGCACGCAGGGCUCACGGCGCGGCAGCAUCAGCAGCCUGAGCAGCGUGAGCUCUGUGCUGGAGGAGAAGGACGAGGAACGCAUCCGCUGCUGCCGGCACUGCAUGGAGGCCCUGCUCAAGAGGCAGGAGAGGCUGGAGGAGAAGGAGCAUGUGCCCGACGUCGUCCGGCUCUACGAGAAGCUGAGGCUUUGCAUAGAUAAGGUGGAGCAGAAGGCCCCGGAGUAUAUACAGAUGGCACAGUCCCUGAAUUCUGGGGAGACAACGUACAACCUAGAACACGCUAACGGCCUACGAAUGGAAGUCCAGAAGUACUACGAACUGAUCGAUGCUCUAAGCAAGAAGAUACUCAUCCUUGGAGUGAACGAUGAACCCCCACCCCACCCAAAGAGCCAGCAGCUGCAGAGGAUGGUCCGCUACUCAGCUACACUCUUCAUACAGGAGAAACUGCUAGGAUUAAUGUCUCUCCCAACAAAAGAGAAAUAUGAAGAGCUAAAGGCGAAAAGGAAACAAGAACUUGAGAAGAAGGUGCAGCAGGAGAAACAGGCUGCUCUCGAGGCACAAAAACGGAGGUCAGAGUUGGAAAAGACGAGGCCAGUGCCCAGUACCAACGGAGAGACUCCCCAGCCGGUCAAGCCCACCAUGACCAAGGCUGGGGGCUGGUUGCCGUCCUCCAGCACGCUGCACACGAAGAACAUCCAGGACCCCCUGCUGCAGCAGAUCGACAACAUACAGUCCUUUAUCAAGCAGGCCCGGGCCGCCCGGCGAGUAGAUGAGGUAGCUACGCUGGAGGAGAACCUGCGGCAGCUGCAGGACGAGUACGACCAGCAGCAGACCAACCUGGCCAUCGAGCUGUCAAGGAGCCUGGCCGAGCAGGAGAGCCUGGAGGAGGCACAGCCUGCAUGGGGCUGGGAGGAGGAAGCAGAGGAGGACACCGAAACGUACAUGGAAACCAGCAAGACCAAGAUCAGCCCUCCCUCCAAAACCCAGUCCGUGAAGGGCUCCCAUCAGCUCCCCGGUCAGGAGCAGGCACCUCCCCAGUCGUCACGCUGGGAGGAGCCGCCGCCGGCCCAAACUGUGAAACCGAGCAGCGUGUCUGGGGCCUCCCUCAAUCCCUUCGAGGACGACGAUUCCAGCCCCCUGGCGGAGGACCUGUCCAACCCAUUUGCCGUGGAAAUCCUGAAAGAAAAGGCUCAAAAGGACAUGCCCAAUGGCAAGAAAGAGUACAAUCCCUUCGAUGAAGAUGAGGAACAGUCACCAAACCCAGGUGACCCAGGAGGGGGGCUAAACCCCUUUGAUGAUGAGGAUGAUGAAGGUAGUGAGACCAAGGAUAGACCUUCAGCUGUCCAUGCAGGGGCCUCCACAAACCCCUUUGACAUGCCAGAUGAGGACGUCAUCGAAGAGGAGCUUCUGCUCCAGCAGAUCGACAACAUCCGCGCGUAUAUUUUCGACGCCAAGCUGAGUGGCCGUGUGGAUGAGGUGGAGCUACUCUCAGAAAACCUGCGAGAACUGCAGCACACUCUGAAGGAGCAGAGGAGGAAGAAACACUGAAGGAGCAGAGGAGGAAGACACACUGAAUCAAGUCCCUCUACCACAGAUGGCAUGUAGGCAUUCAUACAUCUUAUUACCUGUGGUGGAGUAUCAUGAACAGCAUGCCACAGUUGUCAUGAAGGAUGUUGCUAUUGUAUCAAGAUUUGAAUGUGGAGAAGCAAAUUGCGGGUUAAGUAAUGUUUGUCUUGACGACCAGCCAGAAGACAGGGUAAUACAGUAAACAUUUCUCCUAUUGUGAGUGUUCAAAUGCCAAUGAAUGCCCAAAUUCCACAAAUAUUCAUUCGACCUAAAAUUUUGAUUUCCAUUUGAUUAUAUCAGCAAAAUUCCUCUCUUCUUCUAGGGCCCAGUCAAAACUUUAGAUCAUCUCACAGUCUGUAAAUGAUGUGACGUGUACAGUUUGAGUGACAGUAUUGGACUCUGCACUUUUUCAGGUUUAUUCAUCAACAUUUAACACUAAUUUGAUACAGAGUAGCAGUAUUAUACCGUUUGCAAUCCUUGUUAAAAACCUUGUUAAACAUCCUACUAAUAAACCAAAGGAUAUGUUGACUACCCACAAUGCACCACUAAAACACACUACUGCAUUUUGAAUAAACCAAGAACUGUACGUUUCUUACGUAAAUCUGUUAAUUGUACAUAGAUAAACAAGUAACUUUCUUGACUGUGACCUGUGUUAAUUUUUGCAUUCAUCAGAAGUUGCAUUCUGCGGUAAUAAAACUCACCCAAAAACAAACUUGUAAUUUUUUA